AAAAAUGGUUGCAUUUCCUUUGGUAAAACUGGCUUCUUUGGCCAUUAAACAAAUUAGUAAACCAUUGGCACAAGUAAUUAAAAACAGAGCUAAAAAAUAUGCUUUCUUCAGAACAUAUAUAUGUAUGCCACCAGCACAGUUUUUCCAUUGGUUUGAGGUGAAUGUUCGAUUACGACUAAUGGGAAUGGGCAAAGCUCAGCAAGUGGAAAAACUAAAUGAUGAGAUGGCCAUUGACCUGGGAGCAGAAAUGCUGGGUGAAUUUGUUAUCUAUUCUGUGGCUGCUAUGACAAUAUACUUAGAGUACAGUCGAUCGUCUGCUAAAGAACAGAUAAAAGAAGAACAGCACAUCCAUGACAUGAUAUCACUGCAACAGAAAAUCCAGGAACUAGGAAUAACGACAGAAAGACAAGAAGCACAGCUGCAUGAACUUGAAAGAAUUGUGAAUGAUCUUGACUCCAGAAACAAGAGCCUCACAAGUCGAAUAUUUGGAUCUGGCAAAUAGUAAAAUAGUUUUUUUAGUGUGUGAAAGUGUUAUUAACCGGUGUAUAUAUGUACUUACACAAUGUAAUAGAUGUAUUAUAUAGAGUAUUGUGUGAUAAAUGGCAAUAUGAUUAAAAUAUGUUUAUACUGGCUGACAGAAUGUAUUAAUGUACUAAUAUAUUGGUAUUGACAAGAUAGUUUGUGUUUUAUGAAUUAAAUUUUAAAAAGAAUGCAGAAAAUAAAAAAACUCAAGUUAUAGUUUUAAUCUGACUAUGCUUCUAACAAACUGGGAUAUAUAUAUAUAAUAUAUUUGUGUCUAGACAAACACUAUUUUUAUUCCAGGUCAAAAAUAAUAGCUAUAUAUAACUGGAGUUAUAUCUAUAGUGUGCAAACACACACACACACACACACACACACACACACUGAAUGCAACCACAGUCAACAGGUGGUAUGGGGGACCUCCCCCAGAAAGAAAAUGGGUUAAGUUUAGGGUAGGGGUUAAGAAAAUCGUA